AUGGGGUCGAAAGAUAUCGGAUCAAAGGAGCUGUUCACACAAUCGCUUUACGCCCAAUCGGCGCCCGUCGGACCAAAGUCCAAAGAGAAUAUGAGUAUGGCGCCGAAGAGUCUUCCAGCAACAUCCGCUCCAAAUGCCAAUUCGUCGUUUCCUAGAUUUAAGCUUUCAGAUGAUCUAGAAAAUUGCAUCCAAUUUUCAGUUUUCCAGGUCCGCAACGUGGUCAUCAAGCGUGUCUCAAACAUGUUCUACUGUGAGCAAACGCGUCCAUUCGACUCGAUCACCGAACUCAUCACCUACUACACGAAACACACUGGUGCCUGCACAUCGGCCACCUUUCAACUCAAAAAUCCGAUUCUCCUCCAACCAUGGGAGUUUCAUCAUUCGGAUGUGACCGUCGGAAAGGUUUUAGGAGAGGGUGCAUUUGGAAAAGUGUGUUCUGGAACACUGAAACUCAAGGAUGGGAGUGUCGUAGAGGUGGCGAUUAAAAUGACAAAAGUGUCGGCGUUUUUGAGUAAAUUGAAGAUUCGCGAAAUGAUGAAUGAGGCAAGAUUCAUUCGAAAUUUCAAUCACAAGAACGUCGUCCGUUUGUACGGUGUUGCUCAUGACGAACAGCCAUUGUAUAUCCUUUUGGAACUGGUCAAAGGCGGCUCUCUACAGGAUCAUAUGAAAAAGGCUAAAGCCAAUGGGACUACUGUAACUAUUGCCGAGAGAAUCAAAGACAUCGCCGCGCGCAACUGUUUGCUCCAUGAGGACGUUGUCAAAAUCACGGACUUUGGUCUUUCCCGUACUGGACCAUGUUACAAAUUAAGAACGACAUGCAAACUGCCAGUGAAAUGGUUGGCUCCGGAGACAUUGUCCACGCUCACAUUCACCUACGCAACCGAUGUUUAUAGCUGGGGCAUCACAUGCUACGAAGUCUUUGCCGAUGGUGCAGAACCAUUCGAAAGCAUUUCGAAUGCUGUUGUAAAGGCGGAUGUCCUGAGUUCGAAAUUCCUUCAAAUGCCUUCAAACACUCCAGAAGCCAUCAAAAAGUACCUCAACCACUUCAUUUUUGUCGAAGCUGCUCGCCGAGCCAGUAUGUCGAUGGCCGUUGGAGAGUUUGAUCGAAUGGCGGUGAUGAGUGAGAAUGGAACGCUGGAAGGGGGCGGAGCCAAACAGAAAUUGCUGAAAGUUUUCAAGAAGCGACAUGAAAAGCAGUCGAAGGGAGAGUAG